UUCAUGUGCUCCAACAUUUCCAAUUACAUAUAAUGCUAUGGGAGUUCUGAAGUAAUAACUAUUCAACUCAUACAUAUGUGCAACUAGAAACUUUCAUGAGACACGUAAUAAAUUUCAAAUCCUUGUGGAAUUUCGAGACAAGAAUUUUAAAAAAAUACUUAGGUAGCCGUAUCGACAGCAACGAUUUCUUUUUUUGAAAAUAUGACACAAACUACAAGUAUGAUCAGAUUUUCUUGUUGGACAACUAAAGAUAUUCCAAACUUAACCGGAAAGAUUGCAAUUGUUACUGGAGGAACAAGAGGCAUCGGGCUCUGCACUGCUAUUGGACUAGUGUCUGCUGGAGCGGAUGUCAUAAUUAUUGGAAGCAAUUCGAAAAAUGGGGACAAUGCUGUUUCCCUUAUCAAAAGUAAAUUUCAGACUGCCAGAAUCACAUACUCAAAAGUUGAUUUUGGAAGUCUGGAAGAAAUUGGUGAAUUUGCAAGGUGGUUUAAUGGGAUGGGUGUUGGACUAGAUAUUUUAGUAAACAAUGCUGGAAUUUACCCAUGGGGAAGAUUACAGAAGACCGUGGAUGGGAUUGAAUCAACUUUUGGAAUAAAUCACUUAGCCCCGUUUGCUUUAACGGCUCAAUUACUCCCGUCACUUCGAAGAUCAGUAUUCCCUAGGAUUGUAAAUGUAUCCAGCACAUGUUCCUACUAUGCAAAUAUCCAAUUCGAUGACCUACAAUAUGCAAAGGCGAAAUAUUUUACUUUCUACCAUGUGUACGCACAAUCCAAGCUCGCGAACUUAUUGUUUACUUCCGAGCUACAAAAAAUGAGUGAUAAGAAUGGGUGGGGCUUAUCAGUUGUAUCUGCUUCACCUGGGUUAACAAGGUCUGACAUGUUACAAGCAGCCAUCGAUCGACACCCUAUUUUUGGGUUACUUUUCAAGUGGACACUACAACCUUGGAUUACCCACAGUGUAGAGGAAGGGGCCAAAUAUUUGUUAUUCGCUGCUACAUCCAGUGAUGCAGUACCCGGUGAAUUCUAUGGUCCUACUAAAUUUAAAACCUGCACUGGUCCAAUAAACGUUAUCCCAAAGCCUGUCAUAGUUGAUGAUCCCCAAAUUGCCGAACGUCUCUGGAAAGUUUCUGAAGAGCUUGUUGGUAUUAAAUGGACAUAAUUGCUACAAUUUCUUCUAUUCAGAUAUCGACAAAUUUCCUUAUUGCAAACUUUAAUAUGAAUUUCUAUCAGAUAUAAUUUAUCAGCAUUA